AUGAUCCCAACCCGGAGGAUGUUGCAUGGCCAGUAUCCAGUGGGUGUCGGCGAUGAUCUUGUCGACUCCAUCAGCUGUGGGCUGAGCCGCAGUGGCAUAUAUCUCUCGCAUGCAGAAAUUCAGCAGAACGUGGUAGAGUUAGAGACUUACUGGGAAGGAUACGAUGGAAGCGAUGAAAACCUUCUGAUGACCAGACUGAAAAACAAGCUGGCUAAAGAUAAGGAGUUGGGUGGGACUCAAGGGCUGUAUCGCAGCCGGCGUCAGUUCUAUGUAUUCUGCCACGCCGCACGUCACAAUCGGUCGGUCGAUCUCGCGAAGGCGCUGUUGAGGUUUUUGGAGAGGAACUCGGAAGAUAUCCACGAUGAGGAAAAGGACAUCCUGGUGACAGAAUGGUGCCAUGGAUUACUGCAACUUAGGAGCCUUGUGGAUAACGACAAGUGGCACAGAGUUCUGCAGAAAGUCGCAAGGUGUGGUCCGCCGAUGUUCGAAGAGUUGCGAAUGCCCGGUGAACGUCGAUCGUUGGUAGAGGACUUGACCGGAUUGUUGCCAGACAGAAUCUUCAGUGACCAUGGAAGGGGCCGGCACCAACUCCAGCACUACGACUUCUCGGUGCAAAGACUGUCGGUACCUGCGCGGAGGCCGAGUCUCGUCGAUUUGCCACGAUAUGCCUGCACUGGGCACAACUCUCCGCUCUUGAGCCCAAUGCAUAGUGCAUUGGAUGUCCUUCAAGAGCAACAGCAGAGACAGCAAUGUGAAAUUCGGAGACUUGAACGAAGCAUCGACCAUCUGAGACAUCCUUGGUGA